AUGGAUACUGUUGAUAUUAGUGCAAUAAAGUUAGCUGGUAAAAAUAAUGUGAAGAAACUUCACUCGUUGCUGUCGAUAGUUGAGGAAAAACCAAAGGGCCUCGAUGCAGGUACGAGUGACGAUAGCGGACGAGCGUCGGAACAAUUGCAUGGCCCUGGUAUACCAAGGGACUGCCAGGACGCUGACAGUUCCAGGGACCAUCUCAGCGAUGGCUCGGAUGCAGAAUCGAUACUCUUUGAAUCUUCGACCCCACCUCUCCCGCACGAGUUGCCAUCUUCAUCGCCGCACGUAUUGCCGCCGGCAAACGGCGCUGGGGGUUCACCUCCAGACACCGGUGGACAAAUUUCUAAUCCCGCGACGGAUGCUCCGGCACCCAUACCACCCCCUGUGCCUGCCUCAGCACCAGUGCCAACGGCGCCGAGUCCACCCAGUCCAACGUUGCCCCCACACAUAUCCCAAUCACCCAUGACUAGUCCUUUGGCAGCGAAUCCUCGUGCAAUAGCUCCGCAGCAGCGGCCAGCAUCCCCAGCUCUUCCGCCGCCUUCAUUACCACAACAGCCUCAUACACCGAUACCACCAGCGUUACAUCCACCAAAUGUACCAUUUGUCCCGUCGAGUCAUACGACAACAAGUCCAGCGGUUGCAAGUCUCGGCGUGACACCAGCAGCACCAUCAAAUGGUGCUGCUACCAGUACCAGUUAUCCACCACCUCUGCCAAUGGCUGUGUACCCUCAACCGCCACCCUCUCAUCCACCUCUUUACACUCCUUAUGCCACGCUUAAUCAUAGUCCAUAUCUACCAUCAGCAGUAUCGUCGCCCUCGCAUUCAGCAUCAUCGAGAACUGAUGUGAGAGCUAGUCGAGCAUCACCGUGUACCAACAUUACCAAACAAACCAUUGGAAGUACCACUGUUAAUCACAAUAGCACAACUCCUCUCAGCGCAGCAACCACCACUUGUGUAUCUACAAUAACAAAUACAGUUACCACCGCGAAUACAAUUGCUCACAGAGACGUUGUAGCAUGCAGCCUUGCCGGGAGGAAUAAUAAUAAUUCACCGCGAGGUCACAGUCCUAAUCGCGAACGCGAUAGUUACAGCAGUAACGUGAGUACGUUGAGUCGAAGCAGUAUAACGCCUGUAAGUGUGCCAAACACCUCCUCCCCAGCCAAUUCUAGUCUACCCGCUUACUCUAAGGCUCAAGGAUGGAUCAGCAGCAACACGACAUCCCAAUUGUCACCGGCAACAGCAACAUCUGUACCAAGACCAACACCACCACCGCCUCAGGCAACACUAGGAAUGCACAGUUUUCCACCGCCGAUGUUUACUGCGCCGCUUCCGCCACCCGUGUCCAGUGCGAGUCCUCAUCCUUCGCUGCCUACGUUACCUCCUCCGACCACUAAUCCAAUUCCGUUCUCUGCCGAGUCGCUCUUCCAAUCAAGGGUGAGCCAUGUUACAGGUCAGACUGAUUUAUUAAGAAGAGAAUUAGACAACAGAUUUUUAGCAUCACAGGAUCGAAAUGUUCCUGCGUCUGUUGCUAAUCUCGGACCACCACCUUAUCUUAGGACUGAAAUGCAUCAUCAUCAACAUCAACACACACACGUCCAUCAACAUACAACACCAUUAUUACCACCACCUGCGACAACUUCAUUAUUUCCACCGCCAAUUUUUAAGGACAUUCCAAAGUUAGGUGGCGUUGAUUCGCCAUUUUUUCGUGGAAACCUCAACUUAUCGAGUUAUUCAAGCUUUAACGCUGGUCUUAUGCAUCCUGGCAUGGCACCACCUACAACGCCAUUCGUUCCGCCAAAUCAUAUGAGUUCAUUUGCACCAAAAAAGACUGGAAAGUGGAACGCAAUGCAUGUACGAAUAGCGUGGGAAAUAUAUCACCAUCAACAAAAACAACAAGCAGAGGCAAAAGCUGGUACUGUUGUCAAUACUAAAACAGAAUUACUCAGGCCUCCUGGUCAUUUGUAUCCAGGAGGUCCAGGUAGCGGGCUUGGGUUAGGAGGACCACCUAUGGCUCCGCCAUUCCCUACAAAUAUGCCACCAACUCACCCUGGGGCACCACCACCUCCUCAUCCUGUAGGGUUCCUAACAACUCAAGGUUCACAUUUAGGUAUGCUUAAAGGACCAGGUAUGUCACCUUUUGGAAGAUAUCCAGCAUCAUUUGGUGCGCCUAAUCCAAACUUUCCAACAUUAUCAGGAUAUCCACCACCUCGAGAAAUGUCUCAGUUAAGUGGGCUCACCUCAGCAGUUCAUGAUCCUUGGAGAGGGUUGCAACGAACAGCGACUGGUUUCCCCCCGACAACAGCCGGUUGGAGUUUGAAACCCGAGCCACCUGCAAUAGAUAGACGAGCCGAGUUGGAGGAACAACAGCAGCGAGAACGUGAGCGCGAAAGGGAACGCGAGCGUGAACGUGAACGUGAAAGGGAACGCGAACGACAGAGACGUGAGAGAGAGCGCGAAGAACAGCGUGAGAGGGAACGACGUGAGCGUGAAAAAGAGGAAAAGAGAAAACAGCAAGAAGCUGCUGAACGUGAGCGUGAAAGAAGAGAGAAAGAACGCCGUGAAAUGGAGAGAAGAGAAAUGGAACGCGAGAGGAUAAUGCAUCAAAAUCGUCAGCAUGCAGUGAUGACUAGUCGAGAUCGUUCACCUUUGAGAAACGGCACCUCAAUGCCUAUGGAUCCGAGUGAGGUGCGCGUCAAAGAAGAACCAAGAAGCAAAGAUGACGAUGUUGUUAUGCUUUCUCGUGGACCACCCCCCGGGCCAGGGCCCGGACAGGGACCAAGUCCAAUACCUGAUCCUAGGUAUCAUCAUUCCCAUCCUCACGCUUAUCUCGCGCGACAUCCUCAUAGCUUACCGCCUAAUCAUCACGCAAUGUCAAGGAGUAUGAUGCCGUUAGGUGGUCAUCAUAUGCAACAUUUUCCUCCACCCUCGGGACCAGGAGGGCAACCUGGUGGACCAUGGGGCGCUGAUCCAUUCCGGGAUCCCUAUCGGUAUGACCCUCUUCAGCAGUUGAGAUAUAAUCCGUUGAUGGCAGCGGCAUUCAGAGCUGAAGAAGAGGAACGUGCUAAACUAUAUGCGAAUUACAGUCAAGCCUCUGUUAACGCUUUGAGAAGUAAAGAUCCCAGUCCUGGACCACUGAGUAAUCUUCAUAUGCAUCACAGAGCUGGACCUGGACCAGGUGUACCUGGCAGACCAAUGGAACCUUCACUUAUGCAUGGUGGUGACAUCCAUAAGAAAGAGGAUACCUCACAAUCACGAUGA